UCCGGCACUAGCGGUGACCAUGGCGGAGAAAGCCGCUCCGGUGUUGCUAAGCUCGGUGACCGUGUACUCUCUGGCAGCCUGCGCGGCACAGCUCGGCCUGGGCUAUGUACUGGCACAGCGCCUGGGGAAGAGGUGCCAUGCCACUGACAGAUGGGUGCUGGUCUGGCUCUUCUAUGAUGCCAUUGUACACUUCACACUGGAGGGACCUUUCGUUUACUUGUCUCUAGUGGGAACAGUGGCCACAUCGGAGGGGCCUUUGGCUGCACUGUGGAAGGAAUAUGGGAAAGCAGAUGAGCGCUGGCUGCACUCUGACCCCACCGUUGUAUCUCUGGAAAUCCUCACUGUGGUUGUGGAUGGUUUGUUGGCUCUAGCAUUGAUUUACGCCAUUGUGAAGGAUAAGUAUUACAGGCACUUUCUACAGAUCACACUGUGUGUAUGUGAAUUGUAUGGAGGAUGGAUGACGUUUUGCCCAGACUGGCUCGUUGGCAGCCCCAACCUUAACACCUCCAACUGGCUCUAUCUGUGGGUCUACUUGGUGUUCUUCAAUGGUUUAUGGGUGCUGAUCCCUGGCCUAUUACUGUGGCAAUCCUGGCUGGAGCUGAAGAAGCUUCAUAUCAGUAAAGGGAGUUCUGGAAAGAAGUCACGAUGAAGAUAGAGCGCACUAAAAUUUGUUGUGGUUUUAAUGGGUUAACAAU